AUGGCGAAGGAACGCAUUCGCAUUGUUGUCUGCGGCGACAAGGGCGUUGGCAAGUCAAGCCUAAUUGCAUGCCUUGUGAAAGAUCAAUUUAUCCCCAACCUUCAGGAUGCACUGCCGGCCGUGACGAUCCCGCGAGACUUCUCGGCGAGCCCUUACUCGCCGCAGAAUACGAUUCUGGUUGAUACUAAAAACUCAGACCUUGCAGGCCUGCAGAAAGAGCUAAAAAACGCGGAUGUUAUAUGGCUCGUGUACGCGGAUCAUGAUUCAUAUGAGCGCAUCGCACUGUACUGGAUGAUGAUGUUCCGUUCUCUGGGUCUAAAUCUGCCGGUUAUAUUAUGCCGCAAUAAGUCCGAUGAUGGUAUAGAAUACUGCCGCAGCAACUUGACUGCCGGGGGUGAAGGCGAUUGCGGUACGAUUGUGGAGGACGAAGAGUUUAUUCCGAUCUUGAAGGCAUUUAAAGAGGUCGAGACAUGCAUCAAAUGCAGCGCAAAAAACAAGCUUAAUGUUAAUCAGGCGUUCUACCUAUGCCAGAGGGCUAUUACGCAUCCUCUAGCUCCGCUAUUCGACGCACGGAUAGGUGAGCUAAAGCCACUGGCGAUACAGGCCUUAAAGCGGAUAUUUGUACUGAGUGACAAAGACCAGGAUGACUAUUUGAGCAGUGAAGAAAUAGCGGCUCUCCAGAAGAAAUGCUUUGGAAAGACUAUGGACGUGAACGAAUUAAACUUCAUAUACAAGACUCUUGUCGAUCUCUCUGCUUCUAAUCAGCAGUAUGCAGACUGCUCGCUCUUUGUUCAGAACAAAGGAAUUACAAAGAUGGGAUUUUUGGUAUUAAACAAAAUGUACGCCGAAAAUGGGCGACAUGAGACUACGUGGGGUAUCUUGCGGUCAUUCCAUUAUACCGAUUCACUAUCGAUUAGUGACAAGGUUCUGUAUCCAAAGGUUGACAUAACUGAUACCAGCAGUGUUGAGCUCAGUCCUCUUGGAUAUCGUUUCUUGGUUGACGUAUUUUUAGCAUUUGACAAGGAUAACGACGGAGGUUUAAACGAAGAUGAGCUCAAUGUUCUGUUUAAGUGCACUCCAGGGUUACCCAAGUUGUGGUCGGAAACAUGUUUUCCAUAUUCUACAGUCGUGAAUAACCGCGGCUUCAUUACAUUACAAGGUUGGCUAGCUCACUGGAGUAUGACCACAUUUAUUGAUUACAAGACAACGACUGAAUACUUAGUUUAUCUUGGGUUUGAAAAAGAUGCCAAGCUAGCAUUGCAUGUAACACGCGCUAGAAGGAAGAGACGGCGUAAUGGCAUAUUCUACCGAGCACCUGUGAACGAUCGCAAAGUAUUCAAUUGUUAUAUUCUUGGAAAACCCAAUAGUGGAAAAAGUUCACUAUUGGAAUCUUUUCUUGGCCGGCCUUUCUCCGAAACUUAUUCUCCGACAAUCCGUCCCAAGAUUGCGGUCAAUAGUCUAGAAUUAAAGGGUGGUAAACAGUACUAUCUGAUUCUGCAAGAAUUUGGACAACAGGAGCCCGCCAUUUUAGAAAACCAACAGAAGGUAAUGGAAUGUGAUGUUCUAUGUUUGGCAUACGAUUCGAGCGAUCCGGAGUCCUUCUCUUAUUUGGUGAAUUUGGUGAACAGAUAUCAACACCUAAAGGCUCUACCCAUGGUUUUUGUUGCACUCAAAGCAGAUCUCGAUAAACAGCAGCAGCGCUGUAACGUCCAACCGGAUGAUUUUACUGAACAACUUCUUCUAGAGCAUCCAUUGCAUAUAUCCUGCAUGUGGCCAAGUUCUCUGAACGAGCUUUUUAUUAAAUUAACAGAUGUAGCAUUGGAGCCGGCUAAGAAUACUCCAGAAUUAGUGCCAGAACCUAUUCAAGAAGAUACAACUGUUUAUUGGCAAGCAACUGUCGUGGCUGGUUCCUUACUUGGGCUUGCUUCGAUAUUUACCUUCACACUCUCGAGGUUGAUAAAUAGCUGGAGAAAUGUUCCCAAUUAA